UUGACGCUUUGCGACUAGAGGUAGAUUUGUAAAUGGAAGGCAACGCGUUCACAUGCGCUUGAGUCCACCCACAUGAGGUAAAGCGCCGCUCUGUAGACCGCGUCUGCACGUAACGUUACAUGCGGUUUAUCAAGCUAACUAGCCACACACACGUGCUGUACUGACUUUCUGCUCCUUCCCAAACAUAAACCUACAGUCUGGCCAAAGGAACGAGCAGUGUUGAAUCAUCCAAGGCCACACUCUUCAUUGAAGCUGAACCCCGCUGUACCUCAUGAGUUUUGUGGAAUACUCCGAGAUCAUCCAAGAAGGGGAUGUCAUCAUUAUCUUCCUGGGUCAUGAGUCCAUGAUGCCUAUUAAGGUUCAGUCAGGAGCUCAGACGCAGACCCGCUAUGGGGUCAUCCGGCACUCCAGUGACCUGAUUGGACAGCGGUUUGGUUCCAAAGUGACCUGCAGUAAGGGUGGUUGGGUUUACGUGCUGCACCCCACACCAGAGCUGUGGACUGUCAACCUUCCCCACCGAACACAGAUCCUCUACACCACAGACAUUGCCAACAUCACACUGUUGCUGGACCUCAAACCGGGCUCUGUCGUCUGCGAGUCAGGUACAGGCAGCGGCUCUCUGUCUCACUCUAUUCUGCGGACCAUUGCUCCCACCGGUCACCUGCACACAGUGGAGUUCCACGCUCAGCGAGCCGAAAAGGCCGUCCAGGAGUUCAAGGAGCACAAGGUGUCUCACCUGGUUACUGUUAGAAACCAGGAUGUGUGCAAGGAUGGCUUUAACAUCACAGGAAUAGCUGAUGCGGUGUUUUUAGACAUCCCCUCUCCGUGGGAGGCAAUCACACAUGCCAAGAGUGCCAUGAAACGCAAAGGUGAGAAAUUCUGCAGAUUUACACCUGAAAUGAGUGCUACAGUACGUACUUUAGACUCAUUAUUGGACCAUGGCUUUGAGGAGAUCUGCACAUUGGAGGUUCUGCUCCGGGUGCACGACGUUCGUACUGUCACUCUGCCCUUACCAGACUUCGGACCGGAGGAGGACUCUGCCGACAGCAGCCAGGUGGCUUCAGAUCUUAGUCAAGAUGAAGUCCCAAACACUGGGAACACCUCUGUGAUCUGCAGGACUGCCACACCUCCCAGAGAAAUGGCAGGACACACAGGAUACCUCACCUUUGCUACCAAACCACGUGACUAGAAGCAUAACUGAAGCUGAUGGAGACUGUUGUAAAGUUUGAGUAUAAAUGCAGACUCUCUAAAUAUCUUGAAUGCAAGGACGUCACCUGUACACACCCUUUGUAUGGUCUUUUUUUUUUUUUUUUAGCUUUAUUUAGAUAA